CAUCAGAGGUUAAAUGUCCUGCUCUGCACAUACAGAGAUGGAAGUCUUUUGAGUUCACUCUUUGCCAAAGCGUGUGAACGGGACCAUGUUUACUCAGUGUAGAGAUGCACAGGAAUGGUACACUCCCGGCUGGAAGGUAGAACCCAAAUAUUCUACUAAAGUACUUAUUGGAAACUGGCUGGAAGAAAGAAAAAAGUUCAUACGUGACCAUGAGGGAACCGGAGAAAGCACCUACGACCGAGAUUACGUUCGUUACCCAGCUCAGAUUCCAGACCGAAUCGUGAUGAAAAGAAUUAUGAAGCAGCUGGAUGGCCUGCCAAAGAAGUACAUAUUGACCCACCAUGAAGAACCGAGACACCAUCACUUAGUAUCGCAAUAUGACGAUCAAUAUAAUAGGCACGGCUACAACCCUUUGCUGCCUCCGCUUCGCAAAUGGAAUAGACACAAAAUGGCUUGGAUCCCAGAGAAGACAGACUACCCACUUGUUGAACCACCAACCAACUAUGGGCUUUUCGAGCACAUUGUGAAAAAAUGGGGCCAGAAUGUGCCUGGAGGGAUGAACAGCGUCUACAUGGUCUCCUACGUCAAGCCACCUAGUACAGCCUAUAGCGCUCGCCGGCGGCCUGUCGCAUUUCACACCCUUGAGGCCAGUGUUCCUCAGUGGCUGCCACGAAGUUCUGUUUAGUCUCUCUGAAAGGGUGCAGACCAUCCAUGUUUCAGCGCAGAGGUGAAUUAAAUAUUGUAUCUUUACCCAACCAGCUGCAACAAUGAGUGCUUUGUGUCAAGUUGUAAGGGUUUGGAUAGAAUCAUGGGACUGCGGAGUUGGAAGAGAUCCCAGGGGUCAACUAGUCCAAUUUCCUGCAAUGCAGGAAUCUCAGCUAAGGCAUUUGUGAUAGGUGGUUGUCCAAACUCUGCUUAAAAACCUCCAAGGAAUACCAAGUCAUCUACAAAGGCAUUCACUUUAUAUUCCUUCCAACCGACUGAAAUUCCUUUUAUUUUUUCAUUUUUCCUUAUAGUCCUUAGAAAGACUUCCAGUACCAAAAUGAAUAAUAAUGGUGAUGGUGGACACC